AUGCGGUAUUAUUCAAUCAUUCUCGAAGACUUGGCUUUUAAACAUUCGCUUAGGAUUUAUUGCAUUGAUCGACCUGGAGUCGGAAUGUCCCAACCUGCAGAGCCGGAGUCGUGGACACCUCUCAGGAUGGCAGAGAUCGUGGAAGAGAUGGCAAAUGGAUUCAAUAUCCAAAAAUUUUCAUUGAUGGGACAUUCUUGUGGUGCCAUCUAUGCGAUGGCGUGUGCAUUACGACUGAAACCCAGGAUUAUAGGAACAGUGUGGCUGAUGUCACCGUGGGUUCAUCUGACGAUUGCCAAGCGAAUGAAAUGGAUUCGACAUGUGCCUACGACAUUAUUGAGAAGCACAAGUACAGCGACCCUUUUAUAUAAAUCUCUUUCAGUCGCUGCAAAAGAACCACCCAAUAGAUCGGACCCUAAUAUACUGAAUUACGAUCGAGAAAAGCUGGUAAAAGCGAUGCUUCAGGAUAACAUGGCGGAUAGUCUCGAGGGAGCCAAUAAUGAUUUGAUGGUGUGCCUAGAGCUCUAUCAUUCUUUUGGAUUCAGUUAUAAGGAUGUUACUCUCCCUGUUCAUGUUUUUUGGGGCACCAAGGAUGCUGUCAUUUCAAGAGAAGCUGUUGACUGGAUGGAACAAAGGCUGCCACAGUGUACAUUGAGUGUGGUUGAAGGAGGCACACAUGGUUUAUUGUGGCGUGCAGAUGUGGUUUCAAAAAUCUUUAAGGGUAUUGCAUCCUCAUGGAAACUAGCCGAAUUUGAGCGAACGCUCACUCAGAGAUGGUCAAUUAAGCAGUUGGGACUAACCAAACAUCAGUCUUACAGGAGCAGUACCUACAGUACCGUAGGGUUGCAACAGGCGAUCCAAACCAGCAACAUUUAUGAUACACGGCAAACUUUAUACCAAUCUCAACAAAUCUUUCAGGACCCGGAUAGAUUCUAA